CACUACUUUUUAAAAUACUAUUACUAGCCAGCUAGCUAGUACCGUACAGUUGUAGUCGGUAGGAGCUUCGGUGGCACGGUACCAGUAGUUACCGGUACCACCAUCGGUACCGUAUCAGCUCGAGCAAACCAUCAAGUGCGAUGGGCAUGGACGAUGGCUUCAGCAACAUGCCAAUGCGGAAAGGUGGUGAUUCAAUUCACCAGCAACAAGCCUAGAGUUUCUACCGAGUGCUGCUGUGAUUCCUGUUUCAAUCGAGUUGGGUUUCUCGCGGAUCGAAGAAGAAGAGGUUCAUCGUCACCCGAAGAUACCAGCAACAGCGGGAAACCCAUUGUCAACAUGAAAUGGGACAACCGUGUCACAAUUGUCAGGGGACGAGAGCAACUGUUUGCCUACAAGUUGACGCCAGAAACCAAAGUAUUCAAUAUUGCCACCAAAUGUUGUCACUCAUUCUUGUUCGGCCGAAAUGCUACCUAUGAUGCCCACUGCUUGACAACCAACGAAGCGGAUCUCGUGUGGGGAGACCAGUACCAACGGAUCCAGCCAUCUUCUAGAUGGUUCGUGAACCAAUGGACUGAUGCGCGUCGAGCCACGUUGGAGCCUCUCAUGGGAAUAUGGGUAGAUUCAGAAGGGAACCUAGACGGAGAGAAAGGGUGGGAAGCGGUAUUUGAGAAUCACCUUGCAGCCAUGAAUGCACCCAUCCUAAAAGACGCUGUAGGAGAAACCUUUGAUGAGAUCCUCCAAUCACUGGGGCGCAUUGAUAUUGUUUCGGAGCUCGAUAAGUAGCCAUCCAGUAGUUACAAUCCAAAAGCGUACAGUAGUACCGCAAGUCCAAUAACAGGAGCAGCAAGUGUUCCGCAUGGGCACAUGAAAUUAUUUGCAAUGUUAUGUUAUUACGUGUA